AUGGACGCUUUCGCUUUCCUCAAUGACGACGCGGCCGCCGAUUCGCACCAUGUCUGCUACUCGACCGAUGAUAUCCGCAAACAGCUCGAUGAGUUACUGUUGUCCAAGACGAGCGAGACGAAAGCAGAACAUGUGGACACGAAAUUCAAAUUCCCCACGACAGCCAAUUUCCUCGUCGUCGUCAACGAGGCCGAGAACGCUACCUUGGAAAGUGCGGCGUCGUUAAACGGCGGGGUGCGUCCCUUUGCCGGCCACAACCAGACAGUUCUGGCUCUCGGAAACGGCCAGUAUCAGCGGCAGAUAACUACCCAUGACGCCAUCGUCAACCAGCCUCAGGACGACCCUGUGUUACAACGCGCCGUCGCCAAACAGAUCGCAGGGGCUUUAUCGUCGCCCGGGGAGGUCGCUUCGUCUUGGAACGUUAGAACUAUCGCACGUGCGUCAUCGGGAUGGACGUUUGAAUAUGUCUGCAAGGAUUCCCUACAGGUAUGGCAGCGACAGCAUGCCAAGGAAGUGCUGCCUGUCGUUGGACUCUCUAGCGGGAAGGAUGGGCAGAACCCUACUCUGCUGAGCCGGCCAGCGUUCGACUGUCGUGGUUCUCUUACAAUUCACUUCGAGAGAACCAACAAAGAGAUCGAGGUCAAAUACAGCCACACGCCUCUUCACAAAACAGUCGCAGAGCUUUAUGAGAUGUUCACGCCGCCCCCAGAGCCAACGCUGGCCCAGAAACGUGCUGUGCCAACUACCGACGGCGAAACAGCAACGCCCGCCAAAAAGAAGAAAAAGAAAAGAAAGACGGGCACAAAUUCGACAGAUGGAAAAGGAGAGACCACAGAGGGAUCCAUAAUCGUGGUGGGUGGACCACCAGGCGAGAUUCCGGCGGGAGACGGUGCUCCUGACGCCAGUCAGGCUACGCCCUCAACCAAGAAGAAGCGGACUCCACGACCGAAAAAGCCCAAGGCCACGGUGGAAGAUCACUCAGCGGUGGUCAAGGCACAAGAUAGUGCGAAUACGGCCGCAUCUGCCGUCAACGUUCAUGUGCUUGAUCUUCCACCUGGGGAGGCGGACAGGAGGCGUGACCGUGCCAACGGGUUACUCGUUGUCAGCGGCAUAGAUCCUGCCACAUUGUCGGAAGAGCAGUUCGACAUAUUCUCCAACCAGUCGCCUGAACUUCAGCGGGAAUCUCUGGUUAUGUUGGUCAAAUACGGUGCCGAACGGCUGAGGAUCGUACAUCCGAACAAGGACGCGCAGGCAAGCACCCCUCCUACGCCAUCGACUCCGGCUUCAGCGGCUAGCUCGGCCGCCACUGCCUCGUCAGAUGCCGGAACUGCAGGCUCCACAACAAAAAAUAAGAAGAAGAAGUCGGUAACGAAGUCUUUGGCCGGUGCUGAGUCUGGCGAAGACGCAACUCCAAGCGGGACUAAGAAGCAGAAGCUAACCCGUGGCAAAUGCGACCCUUGUCGAGAUGCCAAGACUCCGUGCUCCAAAAGUAAACCUUCUUGCGAGCAAUGUCGUAUGGCAGACAUUGAGUGCCAUUAUCGGCCAGAAGUCCCCACAGGCCCGAGAGGCAACGCAAAGCCAGAGGAGCCUGUUGAGUCAAAACCUGAACCGGUCGUUGCAGAAAUACCUCCGCUAGUUGCAGCAACGCCUCCGCUAGUUGCAGCAAUGCCUCCGGCAGCGGAGGAAGAAGAACCAGAUGACCUACCUUCUCCUGGGUUUGGCCAGCAAAGCACGGCCAUGGACUGGACCAGUACUCAGGCUCAGGCUCAGGCUCAGGCUCAGGCUGAGACGACUGACGAGAACGUGUCGAGUUACCAGUCCCAACCAGCUGAGGAGUCUAGCGAACAAACCUUGACUACGUCGACUAUAGAAUACCCACAACACACCGGUUUUGCAAGCCAGGCCACCCACGCACCUCAGGUGCCGGAAGCGGUGAUGCAAGAACCGGCUCAACCACAAUGGCCAGGUCGAGAAGUUGCCCCGAUCCACCAAGCCACCGGCCUCUCCAAGACGGGUCGCCGGAGCCUUCCCACUGGUCAACACGCUCAGCCCAAAGUAGCAGACAAUCCGGCUCCAGACGGUAGUACUUCAUGGGCAAACUCGUCCAACCCUCCUCCGCCCACGCAGCCGGUACAGGUGCAGGGACAGGAUACAGCGAACCAUGGGUACCAGGCACACACUAGAAGUAGGUCCCAAACAUCAUCCAUGAACUCGACAGAAUUUGGCUUCCAGGGACACGCUCAAGGCUUGCGAGAAGAUGCAGCUUUGUCUCAGGCCGCUAUUCAACGACCAAGUCAGGCUUCGCCACCAACACAGCCAUCCCAGCCGGUCAGGACUAGCUCAAGACAGAGCCAGCGGCCACCGGGCUCGCGGGAAUACCAGUCUGCAGCUAUCAGCAACUCUUCCGACUACCCACCUUCUACCGUAUCUGCUUCCUAUUCCUCUAUGGGCACCGCUGCUCAGGAUCCCCACGCCCAAUACUAUGGGGAUAGCAGCAGCAACAACAACAACAACAACAGUGAUACAUACACAUCAACAAGCACUACUCAGGCCGGCGGUAGCACUAGCAAUGACACCACCCACAGCUCACAUACCAGCGUGCCUGCAUCGAAUAACACAACGGUUUACGCGUCUUACGACAACAACUACAGCACUCACAAUGUCAGUUCUCACAGGCCAACAACGCAAACCUACAGUAAUCCUGCGACCCAGGCUACCUCGACUUCGUAUGCGUCCUCUGCUGCCAGCAAUAGCAGCAACCAAUGGCCGUCUGCUACCGCACAAGUGCAUAGUUCAAAGUCCUACAACAACAAUUCGGCGACAGCCGUGGCAAGCCGUACAGCCCAGACAGCGUCCAUGUCGCAGUCGAGUGCCACACAUGGGUUCAACGUGCGGCCAAGCUCGCCACAGGCCACCAGAAGCUCGGUUCGUGCGUCGUACCAUCAGCAGCAGCCGCCGUCGCAGCAGCAUCUCCAAGAGAGCCGCUCGCAGCCACAGACGCAACAGACGCGGCAACGACAGCCGCAACAGCAGCAGAGUUAUGCGUCUUACGGGCGGCAGCAACAGUCGACCUCUAGCCAAAACCAGCACCAGCAACAACAGCAGCAAGGGUGGUAUGGAUACGUGGCGACAGAUAGCAAUCCAGCCGGCUACAGAGGUGUUGUCAACCCUCAACAAGCCGUGAACGGUGGCUACGACGCUAGUCACGCCGGAAACUCGACAUCACACGGCUCUCAGCACAGGUCGAUGAACAUAUCCGACAACAACUACGGACACAUGGAUGCAAACGACACGCUUUACAGUCUUGUGCAAAACAGCCACGGUCGCUGA